GGCGCCGCGCUCGGGGCACCGGGUGGCUGCGGCGGCAGCGGCGGCGGCGGCGGCGUCCACCCCAGAGGCGGUUGUUGCUACGCCCGGUACUGGGAUCGCUGCCCGAGGCGCAGACGCGGUGGACUUCGCCCGCCCCGGCCCUCGGCUCGCUGUGGGCUCGUCAUGGAGACCAACCAGAGGCCGUACCACCUGGUGGUGUUUGGCGCCUCAGGCUUCACCGGCCAGUUCGUGGCCGAGGAGGUGGCCCGGGAGCAGGUGGCCUCGGGGCACAGCUCCAGCCUGCCCUGGGCCGUGGCGGGCCGCUCCCGGGAGAAGCUGCAGCGAGUGCUGGAGAGGGCUGCUCUGAAGCUGGGAAGACCGACACUGUCCUCCGAAGUUGGAAUAAUAAUUUGUGAUGUCACUAAUCCCGCCUCACUUGAUGAAAUGGCUAAGCAGGCGGCAAUUGUCCUCAACUGUGUAGGACCCUAUCGAUUUUACGGAGAACCUGUAGUAAAAGCGUGUGUUGAAAAUGGAACGAGCUGUAUUGACAUCUGUGGAGAACCUCAGUUUCUGGAACUAAUGUAUUGGAAGUAUCACGAGAAAGCUGCAGAAAAGGGAGCUUAUAUCAUUGGAAGCAGUGGCUUUGAUUCCAUUCCAGCAGACCUGGGAGUGAUAUAUACCAAAAACAAGAUGAAUGGUAUGCUGACGGCUGUGGAAAGUUUCCUGACUAUACAUUCUGGACCUGAGGGGUUGUGUAUUCACGAUGGUACCUGGAAGUCAGCAGUUUACGGUUUUGGAGAUCAGAGUAAUUUGAAAAAACUACGAAAUGAAGCAAAUCUGAAACCCGUCCCAAUUAUUGGUCCGAAAUUGAAAAGAAGGUGGCCACUUUCCUACUGCAGAGAACUCAGCAGCUACUCGGUCCCUUUCCUGGGAGCGGAUGUGUCUGUCGUGAGGCGGACCCAGCGCUACCUGCACGAGAACUUGGAGCAGUCUCCCGUUCAGUACGCUGCUUAUAUAAACAUGGGAGGCAUCACCUCUGUUAUUAAGCUGAUGUUUGCGGGACUUUUCUUUUUAUUCUUUGUGAGGUUUGGCAUUGGAAGGCAACUUCUCAUAAAGUUCCCAUGGCUCUUCUCCUUUGGUUAUUUUUCAAAACAAGGCCCAACACAAAAACAGAUGGAUGGCUCAUCGUUUACAUUGAGAUUCUUUGGUCAAGGAUACAGCCAAGGCUUUGAUCCCGAGAAGGGCAAACCAAAUACGAGAAUUUGUACUCAGGUGAAAGGACCAGAGCCUGGCUAUGUGGCUACCCCCAUAGCCAUGGUCCAGGCAGCUAUGACUCUUCUAAAUGACGCCUCUGAUCUUCCUAGCAUGGGCGGGGUCUUCACCCCAGGAGCCGCCUUCUUCAGAACAAAGUUGAUUGACAGACUCAACCAACGUGGCAUCGAAUUUAGCGUCAUCAGCAGCUCUGAAGUCUAGACACUGGAAGAAUUGACUGAAGGCAGGACAUGCAUGAAUUCAUGGCUUUUUUGUUUGAAAUUUGAAAUGCUACACGUGAAAAAGUUGUCAGCUCUAAAAUACGUGCCCAUUAAAAGCAGGAAGUUGUACUAGCUUGCCCUAAAUUUCAAA